AUAAAUUGAACCUGUAAUGACAGUUUGAUGUUCUUAGACUCCUUUGUGUGUUCAUUAAUUAAAGCUUUGGGUGGCUGCUAACAGUCAAAAGUGGGAGGUCAGGCUUAAUGUGCCUCAGUUGUGCAUCCAGUCACAACACACUUAUACCAUCACGCCAGCCUCCACCUGCCCUUGGCCUGAAGACGCCACGCCUCCUGCAUGGUGUUUCUUUACUCCUUUCAUCCUGUCACAAUUAUAGCACUCUGACUUUGAGCACACUAGUCUGCUCUCCCGACUCUACACAGUGUUGUGUGAUUUCCUUGUCACACUCAAGGUUGAAUGUUGGCCAUAGAAGGAUGUGGUGGGCUGCCUUCUUUUUCGUGACAUUCCUAGUACCUGCUCACCUGCUCCGAUCUCCAAAAACGUUGACAACCGCCAUCUCGCCUGAGAGCUGCAACUUGACGUGUAUUCGCCAGGGAGGACCGGGAUGUGACUACUGCAGAAUCAGCAGCAGUGAUGUGAACACGGCUCUCGGCUUCAACUCCAGGAACUUGUUAGGAACUUGUGUUCCGUGGCCAUGCUUUAAACUGCUGGGAGAAGAAGACCCUCACCUCUGUCGGCACUUUGUUCAAGCACCCCAGGAUGUCAACAUUGAGCUCGUACCCGAUACGGACCCUAAUUCUGAUACCGUCGUCGUUUCCUGGAAGCCCAGUCAAUAUGGUAUCUCUUUCCUGCGAGGCUUCCAAGUGUCUCUGCAGGCCUUGGGAGGGUCCGGUGUUGCCUGCCAGCUCUUUCUCUUCCAGCGAAACCUCACCCUACCGGCUUCACACGCUCAAACGGUAUACAAGUCUGACCCUUUCCCCAGCCUCUCCCUUGGCUCCCAUUAUGCUGUUACUGUCAUGGCUCUGCCUGUGCCUGAGAAGUGGGAGAAGUUCUAUCACAGCAAGAUCUUUUCCACACGCUCAUGUGCUGAGAAAAACGGCUUUCAGCACUGUAAAGCAGAUUGGUAUCCCAAAUACACUGAGGUGCAACAGAAAGGGACCGUGGUCGUUGUCACCUUCAACCUGGCUCCCCCUACAAUGGGCAUUACAAGCUACUUCUCCUCUUGUACGGCAAAUGGCAAGACAACAUACUUUGACAUAGCACCUAAUUAUUCCAAAAACAGAACACACCACAGCUUUGAGCUCAGAGACCUCAAAGAAGGAAGCAACUACUCAUGCGAGAUUGCAGCAAAUGAAGUAGACGCAGUGAGAAAGAGAUUCCACUUUCAGGUUGAGCAGCGAGAAGCAACACAGGAUAGCUUUCCCUACUGGACCAUGGUGCCUCCAGUAGUGCUUGCUGUGGCGGCCAUAUUUAUGGGCUUCCUGGCUGUACUUGUAAGGCGACGCUGGCUACAAAGGAAGAAACCUUUACUCAUACCAGAAAUAAUUAAGCAACACGAAGACGAGCGUGCAACGGAGGAGGAAAUGGUAUCACUGUCCAAAAAGAGGAUGAGCCCUCUUCGUCUUCUGAUUUGCUACAGCAGCCAUGAUGGCCCCACCCAUGUCAACGCGGUCAUGCAUUUGGCAUCCUUCAUACAGCAGCACAUGGCCACUAAGGUGUUUCUGGACAUUUGGAAUUCUCUGGAAGUGGCCCAGGAGGGAAGCAUGGCCUGGUCUUACCGUCACAUCCUGGAGAGCGACUUUGUCUUGGUCAUCUGUUCUCAGGGUCUCCGCCGUAGACUCGAGUCUUCAACACCGGCAGGUACAUUCGACUCCGAGGUGAUGGCUCGCCUCAUCGGUGAGGAAGUGGGCCGUGCCAUAUCUGGCGGCAAAGACCUCUCUAAGUACAUGACGGCCAUUUUUGGUUACUCCGAAAUGACGGACAUCCCCAUGGAGCUUAGGCUGGUGGCCCACUACAGGCUGACAGCUGACCUGCCACUGCUUUUCUCCCACCUCCAUCAAGUGCCGCUUUACAGACCCGGCCGCUACAUGACGAUAAAGGGCAUUUCGGAGGAAGAGUUGACUAAGACACCUGCCGGACAAGCUCUGCAGCACACUAUCACUGAAGCAGAGAAGGCGAUGAAGGCAAAAAGAUUAGACAACAUGGAGGAAGGCUGUUACUAGAACCCUAAAAGUUCUUCUCCAGUCAAUGAUGGCCACAAGAAGCUAAUAACUGGCCAGAUGACUCUUUAUAGUGAACAAGCACCGGUGCACUUUGACCUCUAAACUUUGCAGUAGGUAUGUGUCUGUAUUUGUUCUGAUAUUAUUUAAAAGUAAAUUAUGUAUAAGCUAUCAUUGUCAUAGUUGGAUGACUAUUUAUUACCUUGAAGUAUAUGUUUAAAAACUGUGUUUUUACAACUAAUAUGAUGAAUGAAUAUGACUGUGGGAACUGUGUUUUCUAAAACUGUGCAGUAUAAUCAGUUCUCGCUGAUUUAUUCUGAAAAACGUAUUGUAUACCACACAUGACCAUUGCUGUACAUGGGAAUUAUGGUAUUAUUUUGCAAUAAUAUGCAAUACCCUCUAAUGUGUCUAGUGAGAAACUAAUGUGCGUGAUUUAUAAUGUUGGACUAUUUAAUUUUUUCCUCUUUCUAUUUUUGUAUUAUUUAUUACUUUUCUUGUGUAUCCAAAUAUGCAAUAAUAAAGCAAAAAAUGUUA